GAAGGCGGCAGCCGUCCCAGCGGAGGCGACGACGGGGCGGUCUCAGGGAGUCGGGACGAGCCGGGGCACGUCACCCCCUACGGCGGCGGUGUUCGCUCGCGUUCCGCCGUCCCGGUCCGUGCCGUCCUUUCCUGUUGCGGCCACCGCGGGACCAUGGCAGCGCUCGUGGUGCUCCUGUCCUUGCUGGCGGCGGGUGUUUUGGGGAACGAGUUUAGUAUAUUAAGAUCGCCAGGGUCUGUUGUUUUCCGAGAUGGAAAUUGGCCUAUACCAGGAGAGCGAAUCCCAGAUGUGGCUGCAUUGUCCAUGGGCUUCUCUGUUAAAGAAGACCUUUCUUGGCCAGGACUUGCAGUGGGUAACCUGUUUCAUCGUCCUCGGGCUACCGUUAUGGUGAUGGUGAAGGGAGUAGACAAACUCGCUCUACCCCCAGGCAGUGUCAUUUCGUACCCUUUGGAGAAUGCAGUUCCUUUUAGUCUUGACAGCGUUGCAAAUUCCAUUCACUCCUUAUUUUCUGAAGAAACUCCUGUAGUUUUGCAGUUGGCUCCCAGUGAGGAGAGAGUGUAUAUGGUGGGGAAGGCGAACUCGGUUUUUGAAGAUCUCUCCGUAACGUUACGACAGCUCCGCAAUCGCCUGUUCCAGGAAAACUCUGUUCUCAAUUCACUUCCCCUCAAUUCUCUGAGUAGGAACAAUGAAGUUGAUCUGCUCUUUCUUUCGGAAUUGCAAGUGCUACAUGAUAUUGCAAGUUUGUUGUCUCGACAUAAGCAUCUAGCCAAGGAUCAUUCUCCAGAUUUAUAUUCGCUGGAGCUCGCAGGUUUGGAUGAAAUUGGGAAACAUUACGGGGAAGAUUCUGAACAAUUCAGAGAUGCUUCCAAGAUCCUUGUUGAUGCCCUGCAAAAGUUCGCAGAUGACAUGUACAACCUUUAUGGCGGGAAUGCAGUGGUGGAGUUAGUGACCGUCCGAUCGUUUGACACAUCUCUCAUCAGGAAGACAAGGACUAUUCUUGAGGCAAAACAAGCGAAGAACCCAUCAAGCCCCUAUAACCUCGCAUAUAAGUAUAACCUUGAGUAUCCAGUGGUUUUCAACAUGGUACUUUGGAUAAUGAUCGCCUUGGCCUUGGCCGUGAUUAUCACCUCUUACAAUAUCUGGAACAUGGAUCCUGGAUAUGACAGCAUUAUUUAUAGGAUGACAAACCAGAAGAUUCGAAUGGAUUGAACUCUCCUCGUGCCAAACUUAGAAAAGGGAUUUGGAAAUUGGCUGUUUUGUUAAAUCUUUUAGUGUAGUUUAAAAGUAGAUAGUAUACUUUAAAUUUAUAAAAAAGAAAAAAAACAAAUUUUGUGUGCCUGUGAUGUUCUUUUAGAGUGAAUUAUAGUAUUGAUGUGAACUGAUCUGUGUGCUAUAGAUUCUAUAAUAUGCUCAAAUAUGAUAUAACCAUUUAAUUUCAUUCCAUUUAACAUUUGGAAAUGUGCACUGAAAUAAAUGUAAAACAUUUAGAAUAACUUGUGUUAUUUAUGU